AUGCAAGACGGAACCGCUGCGCGCAAUGGGGGUCGUGCUGAAAGAGUGGAUGCCCUCGCACGGGAUGUGAAGCAUGAGGAACACGGUCAAUCCAGCCAUCGACGAAGCAAAUCGGGAGGCAUACUAGGCGCUUUCCUAAGAUCCUCCAGAGAUGCCAUGGGGAAGUCGCCAUCAACAGAGACGGGCAACGACGAGGGGCAGGACCAAGAUGCGGCAGUCGCGAAGACAGCGUCUUCCAUUGCAACUGCACUGCGCCAGAGCCAAGGAAGGCAGAGAAAGGGAUCGUUAAGGAAGGCAGCCAUGGCAAAGAUGCGUGAACGGAGUAGCUCUAUACGCAAAGCCAAAACACCCACAAUCACCACUACCAUGAGCGUGGACCCCUCGGACGAAGCAACGGCCCCAGGUCGCUUCAGCUACGAGAAUGCUCCCCUCAACUCUUCGUCCGACAGUGGGUGGUUUCCCGCCGUCCACCUGUCCCCAUCGUCACCCGCUGUCACUUACACCCCACCCGACGACCCUGGACGCUCUACGCCAUCACUGCUUGCAUCACCCAUGAGCCCGGUGGCACCUUACGCUUCAACUACGGAUGAAGACGACAUCAUGUCCUUCUACCGCCCCUCUACCUCGGGCAAUGACUUCUCCUUCACUGGUCCGAACCAGGGCUCUGUUACAUCUCUCGCACACCGCCGUUCAACUCGGAGCAACCGACGCUCCUCUAUUUCGGCAGUCCUGACACCUGCCGAGGCUGACCCCGAUGACGAGUGGGAUUACAGCGAGACGGAGUGGUGGGGCUGGGUCGUGCUCAUAGCAACUUGGAUCGUCUUCGUCGUCGGAAUGGGUUCUUGCCUCGGAAUUUGGAGCUGGGCGUGGGACGUGGGCGAGACACCGUAUGCUCCACCCGACCUCGAAGACGACGCGACCCUGCCCAUUACUGGCUACUAUCCUGCAUUGAUUGUUUGCACGGCAGUUACGAGCUGGGUGUGGGUUGUCGUUGCCUGGGUUGGCAUGAAGUACUUCCGCCACGCCAAAGUGGGCGUAGACGGGUAG